AUGGGGCCGGGCGUGUGCCUUCCCUGUCCUCGGGGCUGGGCUCGCAGCCCCUCAGGCCCCUCGGCUUUAGGCCGUGAGCUGGACUGCCUGACUGUAGAGUCAGGUUCCUGUUGCCUUGGGGGAAGGCCGAGCUCCGUGGCUCCCUGGUGGGGAGCGCCCCGGAACUGGAGAGAAGGAGCCUCCAUAGGCCUUGAGGACCAGAGCCGCCCUGUAAGUGGGGGCCAGUGCUCUGGAGUCCCGGGCACUUUGAAGUCCAGGCAGCGGCUUGAGCCCCCUGUAAGCAGGGGUGCAGCCUCUUGGCCGCUGCUUUGCCUGCCCAGCUUCAUUUGCCCAGAGGGCCCGGCUCCCAGCACGGCGUGGGACUGCACCGGACGUCGCCAUGAAGCCGUGGGACGGCGAGGCAAGAGCGAGCCGCAGGAGCGGCGUCUUCGAGCUCAAGAGUGGAACGGCGAGGCAAGAGCGAGCCGCAGGAGCGGCGUCUUCGAGCUCAAGAGUGGAACGGCGAGGCAAGAGCGAGCCGCAGGAGCGGCGUCUUCGAGCUCAAGAGUGGAACGGCGAGGCAAGAGCGAGCCGCAGGAGCGGUGUCUUCGAGCUCAAGAGUGGAACGGCGAGGCAAGAGUGACCUUCAGCACUGACGGCUUCGAGCUCAGGAGCGGAGCAGCAAGAAGCCGUGGGACGACGAGGCAAGAACGGCAGUGUCUUCGAGAUCAAGUGUGGGACGGCGAGGCAAGAGCGAGCCGCAGGAGCGGCGUCUUCGAGCUCAAGAGUGGAACGGCGUGGCAAGAGCGAGCCGCAGGAGCGGCGUCUUCGAGCUCAAGAGUGGAACGGCGAGGCAAGAGCGAGCCGCAGGAGCGGCGUCUUCGUGCUCAAGAGUGGAACGGCGAGGCAAGAGUGACCUUCAGCACUGACGGCUUCGAGCUCAGGAGCGGAGCAGCAAGAAGCCGUGGGACGGCGAGGCAAGAGCGAGCCGCAGGAGCGGCGUCUUCGAGCUCAAGAGUGGAACGGCGAGGCAAGAGUGAGCCGCAGGAGCGGCGUCUUCGGGCUCAAGAGUGGAACGGCGAGGCAAGAGCGAGCUUCAUCACUGACGGCUUCGAGCUCAGGAGCGGAGCAGCAAGAAGCCGUGGGACGGCGAGGCAAGAGCGAGCCGCAGGAGCGGCGUCUUCGAGCUCAGGAGUGGAACGGCGAGGCAAGAGUGAGCCGCAGGAGCGGCGUCUUCGAGCUCAAGAGUGGAACGGCGAGGCAAGAGUGACCUUCAGCACUGACGGCUUCGAGCUCAGGAGCGGAGCAGCAAGAAGCCGUGGGACGGCGAGGCAAGAGCGAGCCGCAGGAGCGGCGUCUUCGAGCUCAAGAGUGGAACGGCGAGGCAAGAGCGAGCCGCAGGAGCGGCGUCUUCGAGCUCAAGAGUGGAACGGCGAGGCAAGAGUGUCCUUCAGCACUGACGGCUUCGAGCUCAGGAGCGGAGCAGCAAGAAGCCGUGGGACGGCGAGGCAAGAGCGAGCCGCAGGAGCGGCGUCUUCGAGCUCAAGAGUGGAACGGCGAGGCAAGAGCGAGCCGCAGGAGCGGCAUCUUCGGGCUCAAGAGUGGAACGGCGAGGCAAGAGCGAGCUUCAUCACUGACGGCUUCGAGCUCAGGAGCGGAGCAGCAAGAAGCCGUGGGACGACGAGGCAAGAGCGGCAGUGUCUUCGAGAUCAAGUGUGGGACGGCGAGGCAAGAGCGAGCUUGGAGCUGAAGAGGGACACCAGGGACCCUCUGGGCAAAGGGCUUUUCCAGGCCAGGGCACCUUCACGGUGCCACGGCCGGCUUUGCGCUGGGCGACCUCCCUGUGCGCAGGGCUGGGUCUUUGCUACGGUUGGCCUUUUGCCCUUGUGCUCCUUUGGCUGCCCGGAGAGAGGGGCAACCCUGUAA